ACCGGUUUUGUUUAUUUCAUUUUAAGCUGCAAUAAAUAACUAUGUACAUAGUAAGUGGGGCAAAUUUACAUGGCCAGUGGUUUGAUGCGACUCCUGUGUUUGAUGUAUUUCAACAUGUAUCGCUCAAAAGCCAUGAUGGUGAUAUUGAUAAAGGAGAAAUCGAAUUAAUUCAUAUCUACUGGUCGUACAAUUUGUUUCAAGAUAAAAACAGUUUUUACUUAUCUGGAUCAUUUAAUGAAAAAAAUAAAAAGUUAAUUAAGCUGCGUUUACCGACAAAAGUUAUAUAUAACAAAUUUUUGUUGUGUGGAAAUGACUACAGUUUAUUUCUGUUUGAGAAAGAGUUGCAUACAAUGUGGGUGAUCAAUUUGGAAGAUACAGAGAAUGUAAAGAAAAUAAAUAUGAAGACAGAAAUUCCAAGUGCAAUUAAACGGUUGAAAGAAGAUGAUACAAUUGUUAAAGUUUGUACUUCAAACUUUAAUUUAAUCUGUUUAACUGCGAAAGGAUCUGUUUAUAGCGGACUACUGCCUGGACCCUUGGAUGUCUCCAACUGCUUAGGCAAAGUUUGUGACGUUCAAUGUGGAUAUGAGCACUAUCUACUCCUUACUGAUAAAGGCAAAGUAUACUCAUGGGGAAAUGGAAGGAGGCUACAGCUUGGCCACGGAGAUCUAUACAAUAUUGACUCUCCCGAAGAAGUAGAAGCUCUCAGUGGUAUUAACAUAACUAAGAUAAGUGCUGGAGGUUGGCACUCCUUAGCAUUAAGUGAAUCAGGAGACCUAUAUGCUUGGGGAUGGAAUGAAAGUGGACAGUUAGGAAUAAAAGAGACAGAGCAAGUUGACAAUGUCCAAAUUAAAUUCCACCAAAGUGGCCUCAACAGCUACAGUCAACCCACAUUAGUUGAUAUAUUUAAUGAAAAUGGUGAUAUAUGUGACACUAAUGUAAAAUACAUAUCAUGUGGGAAUCUACAUUCUGCAAUAAUAUUAGAAGAUAAUACUGUGUGGACAGCAGGCUGUAAUAAAUAUGGACAAUUAGGAUUUGCAAUAGAAACCGCAAAAAAAAAAGAUUUUUUCCAAAAGGCACAUCAGUGUUUAGAAAAUUCCUUGAUAAAAUGUGGGCCUUGGGUUACUGUUCUUUACUAA